UCGAUUCACAUACACGGGUUGCCUGGCUACUCACGCCAAUCUUACACAUUUGUGUGCCGGAAUCCAAAGGUGCGUCUGUGCUGGGUUCAAUUACAGGUACGAAGGCCUGGGACAUUAGAACAAGACGCCUGUGUUUGUGUGUAUUUUAUUCGUGUGUCCGUGAUAAGAUGGUGUUUUCUAGUUUUUUGCUAUUUAUGUUUAAUUGGUAGUCUCUGCUGCCAUCAAGACAUUAGUACUAGAUGUCUUCAGACAAGAGGCACACUGUAACAAUGAAUAUAUUCAGUCGGGAAUUGGCCAAACAUUUUACAAUGUUUGAUGUUUAUCUUCCUUCUUGAGAAUCAAUAAUAUUUCGCUGGACUGGUAGUGUAACGAUAUAAUAAUAGUAAUGUGUUACAGCCUUUGUCAAUCCACCGCUGGAUGAAGGCCUCCUUUCACCCUGCGUCGGUCGAAGUAUUCAUUUAACAAUACUUAACCACGUUGGUUCGUGCUGGCUCUAGAAGUGGGUCAAGAUGUGGUUCAGGAGCGGUUCUGAUAAACACUCGACACUGACGUUUACUCGCGGCCUGAAAUCAUCCCAGGUCGCCGGGUUCACAGCUCAGGGCAUUAUGAACCACGGGGUCACCGCGAUCAACUGUUGCUAUUGUCAGCGUGGUGAAGUAUGGUCAAGUUGUUUCCCACGACCGAGAUGGCGUGGGGGAGACCUUCAUCUAGCAACGGACUGACAAUGGAGGGCUUGUACAUGUUCACAAGUACCUUUGUCGUGAUCAUGUUAGGUUGACGAGGAGCUCACUUCUCGAGCAGGCAGUAUGAACUACCUUUGGGCUAAACCAAUCAAGCGAGAACAAAGCCCCUGUCGAGUUGGAUAACUAAUUAAUGACGACCACGCAGUCGUCUCCGGUGACAGGGGAUGCCGCUGCCACGCGCUCCAUGCUGAGCGGCGUCGAGGAGGAGGAGCCCGCGUCUGUGUCUCAAGGAGGAGCCCGUGUCUGUGUCUCAAGGAGGAGCCCGUGUCUGUGUCUCAAGAAGGAGGAGGAGGCCGCGUCUGUGUCUCGAGGAGGAGGAGGAGCCCGUGUCUGUGUCUCAAGGAGGAGCCCGUGUCUGUGUCUCAAGGAGGAGGAGGAGGCCGCGUCUGUGUCUCAAGGAAGAGGAGGCCGUGUCUGUGUCUCAAGGAGGAGCCCGUGUCUGUGUCUCAAGGAGGAGGAGGAGGCCGUGUCUGUGUCUCUAGGAGGCCGCGUCUGUGUCCCGUACCCCAUGGACGGUGCAGCCGCCCCCACGGAGGGGAAGGGUCAUCACGCAUUCGGCGACGCGUACCUCGACAGGCUGGUGGAGAUCAUCGCGAGGCACCUGGAGGUGGAGCCGCACCACGGGGUGCUCUGCGAGCCGUACGAGCCGCAUGUGGCUCGGGCCCUCGUCGGACUCGGCUGCCUGCACUCCCCGCCGCGGCCCUGGGGCCCCGGGGAGACGGGGGCAGCCCGCGGCGCGAUGCGAGGCCCCGACCGCGCGCUCGUCAUGAUGCUGGACACGGGGGGAGGGGAGGAGGAGGGAAGCCUGCAGAGCCCCUCGGAGGCGACUCUAGCCCGCGUGUUGUCCUCGCUGCCCGCCGGCGGGAGGCUGCUGGUGGUGCGGCGCCCCCACGGGGUCUGCUCUCUGCCGCUGUUCAGCGCCGCGCGCCGCCGCCUUCACGCCCCGGAGGAGGCCUCCUGCACCAAAAUAAUCAGCUGCCUGAAAGACGUGGGGGCCGAUGUUGAGUGGGACGUGGCGCGAAUUCCCAUCACGGUCUCAAAGAGCGGCUGGCUCGGCGUGCUGCGAGGGCGCCGCUUGGGGCUGCUGAGCGCGAUGAGUGACCGCGACAUCCGCGAGGGCAUCCGGGAGCUCUGCGAGGGAUGCCUCAAGUACUCGGGGGACACGCUGGCGUUCGAGGACCUCGUCAUGUUCAUCACGGCCACGAGGAGGACCGCUCACGAAGCCACCCACCACCCCCACGUGCAGCGCAGAGGAUCCGGCCUGCACCCCGCACCCUCGCCCUGCGAACCGCAGUACAAGCUACCCCUCACCCACGAGCUCCGAGCCCUGCUCGCCACCAAGACGACCGCUUCAGCCGAUGCCCCCCUCUCUCACCCACCACCACCACCGCCCCCCCAACUUAAGCGCAGCUCAUCCCGAGUUUCCGCGUCUCCGCGUAACCGAUGAGCGUUAAGGGGCCGUCCAUAAAUGACGUCACUCACCUGGGGAGGGGGGGGUCAGACAUUUGUGACGAUGUGUGACGAGGGGGGGGGGGUUUGAGAAAUGUGACGCCACGUAAAAAUGCGAAACUUUUAAUAGAUAUAGACAACACGUUCUACUUAAUUAAAUAUACUUUUUGAUAAAUGUUUUCUCCUACAACAUCAGAGUGCAGCGCCACAUUAAAUACGUACUACAAUGACAAUAGUUUAAAGCGAUUUGAAGCAUGUUUUUUUUUUUGGGGGGGGCAGAGCUUUGUGACGUCAUAUUUGAGGGGGGGUCUGACUUUUUGUGACGCCGUGUGACGAGGGGGUCAAAAAAUCGUCCAAAAUCGCGUGACGUCAUUUAUGGACGGCCCCUAACAAGAUAAGCGGUUCAUGUUGAAUGAGAUAAGGAUGUGGUAUUGGAUGAGUCAAGGGUUUCCGUAUUCGAUGAGAAUACGUUUCAGUGUUGAAUGUGGCGAAUGUUCUGAGUGGGAUGAGACGAGAGUUCUGUGCGCCUUGAACCUUCGUGCAAUGCGCAUCACUACCACCGGGAAUAUGAAGCGUUACGUUCCAUCUCAGUACCAUCGAUCUGACGAAAACCCCGUCUCAAUAUGUUUCGACUCUAAUUUGGUGAUGUUUUGAUACUAAUUCAAGCACACUAAGUGUGUGUGUGUGUUUUACAUAUAUACAUAUUCAACUGUUAUACUCUGCUUUACAUAAAAAAAAACAAUUGAGUUUGCGGGCAUCCGUAGUGGACUUGUGAACGGGCAAGCGAAAUAAGAAAUCGCUUUGCGUUCCUGAGCAACGCAGCCUGGAAGAGCGCGCGCCGAGUCUGAUCACAGCGCUGUUGCACGUGGUGGUUUCUCGGGGUCCAAGAUGACUCCGGCCAUGCAACUUAAACUGUGGCCCGCAUAGUAACCCGCUGUAGUCCCUACGAUCUUUCAACGGAAGAGGGACAACACAAACUACACUCACUAGAUUCGAAGCUUUCGUGACUGCGGUAAAGUCACGUAGAAAAUAAAAUAAUAAUAGAAUACGACGUUUCGGUCGCAACACAAGCAGCCAUCAUCAGGUAAGAAUGAAUGAUAAAACACAGACACGGGAACAGCGUUGGCAGACACACAUGCAGAGAGAGAGACACACACACAAAGACACGCCGAGCGAGACACACACCAAGCAAACCUCUACUGAAGUCCUCUCCUGGCGAGCAGACCUCGACAUUGGCAUUUAGCUCGUGAACAUAUUGCAUUGCACAAGAAUAUAAUUGCUUAUUUUCUGAGACUACAUAUUAUUCUUUACUACGCUUUAUUUUUACCAAGCAAAGCCUCACUCAGUCUCACGAGUCUUUUUCAUUUGUCAAUCCGCCCACAGUAUUAACCACAGCGGCCUUCCGGAUUCAAACCACAAAACCUCUGCAACGAACGAACGCGCUACCCACUACUGGGCCGUGCCAUCGCCCGAUAGCAAGCCCAAACUACAACACUCUUGUAGAAAACAAACACGUUAUUUCCACCCAGCACCUGCAAUCCACCCAGCACCAACAAUCCACCUAUCAUCAACAAUCCACCCAGCCCCUGCACGAACUGAUUCUAUCGCUUCAUCUCCUCGGCGGUCGACUUUUCAGACGUGCGUAACAAAUCCUCGGCCGCCACUCCGUGAAAAUGAAAUGAAUUUUGAGUGAGUUCGAAAAAAAUAUUUUACGUUCACAAAAAUAAACAAUAUUCUCCGGGUGCCAUUCCGAAACAGGAGUCACUAAUUCCUGGAAACGCGUGUAAUUAAUAGGGGGUUCGCACAGGCAAAUCGCUGCUGCUGCUGCUGUGAAUAAGGAGGCAAACACCGGGGGCCAUGAAUGGGACGUGUUGAGUCGCCACGAGGACGCCCCGCACCGACUCCCAGGCACUCGCGCGCAUUCCUCCACGCUCCCUCCGCGCAGUGUUGAUGCUUACAAACCUCGGGGGACCGGAUUAGUUCAUCACUCGCCGCUAAUGUUGGCCGUGAGCGGGAAUCGAACUCAGGAGGCCGGGUAUGUGGUUCCGUGCGCGCUAACCAUUGCGCCACUGCUUCCCAGCAUAUAUGCACAAACUCUCACACACACACCACAGCCACGCAUUCAUGCAGCUGUGAAAACAUCUCAGAUGAAAUGUACCUGAGACCUUGUAUAUGACAGAUACGCA